GCUGCCACGGCGAGGAGAGGAGGCGGUUCAACCGACGUUUAGCUACACCUCGUAAGGCAAGGGAGUGGGCAGACCCUGUACCGCCGCUGCUCUCGCCUCUACCGUGUACGGUAGGCUACCGUGCUCAUCACGGAUCACGCACUGCUUACGACCUCUGCACCCCCCCCAACCCCCUCCAGCUCGUUCGGCUAGUGGUAUUGUAGGACCUAUAAUCUCCAGGCAAUCUGGAUCAACCUUUCCAGUUCCGGUAACGAACAGCGGCAGUUUGAGCAGAGAAGCACGGCCCCCUGGUUUCUCUCCGUAGCGUGUCCCUCCUUGCGCUCUGCUCUCACACAGGCAGACAUGGAUGAUGGUCCGUCUUCGACAAGCUGUUUUCGAAGGAUAACGGACUGUUUUCUGGGCCCAAGUCUGACUGAUGACAAAGUGAAGGCCUACCUCUCCCUUCACCCUCAGAUGCUGGAUGAGUUUGUAUCCGAGAGCGUGAGUUCAGAGACACUGGACAGAUGGCACAAGAGGAAGAGCAGCGGAAGCCUGCCUGCAGAUGACACGUCAUCAGGCAGUAGGUACCAGGACAGUAACAUGCAGAACGUGGUACAUGACCUCACCAGUUACCUGGAACAGCGGCUGGACCCCGGAGGAGACAACAAGCUUCUAUUCUAUGACUUGUGCACCAUCAUCAAAACAGCCACGAAAGCAGACGGAUUUGCACUUUACCACUUGGGAGAAUGCAACAAUAGCUUGUGUUUGUUUAAACCGGCGGGGGCUAAGGACGGUCCCCCCACCUUCAUCCCAGCUGGUCCCAUCACGUUUGGGACCACCAUCGCCGCUCAUGUCGCCACAACACGCAAAAUACUGCUAGUAGAGGACAUCACAGGGGACGAGCGUUUCCCUGAAGGCACAGGUCAGGACUCAGACUCAGGGAUUCAUGUUCACUCUGUCCUGUGCCUCCCCAUCCUCACUGCCAUCGGUGACCUCGUAGCUAUCCUGGAGCUGCAUCGGCACAGAGGCCACGAGCCUUUCAAUAUCAGCAACCAGGAGGUUGCGACGGCGAGUUUAGCAUGGGCAUCUGUAGCUAUUCACCAAGUACAGGUGUGCAGAGGCCUAGCCAAACAGACCGAGCUCAAUGACUUCCUGCUAGAUGUGUCAAAAACGUACUUUGACAACAUUGUGGCAAUAGAUUCUCUACUUGAACACAUAAUGAUAUAUGCAAAAAACCUGGUGAAUGCGGACAGAUGUGCCCUGUUCCAGGUGGACCACAAUAACAAUGAACUGUACUCAGACCUGUUCGACAUCGGGGAGGAGAACGAGGGCAAACCUGUCUUCAGGAAAACCAAAGAGAUUAGGUUUUCUAUAGAGAAAGGUAUAGCGGGCCAAGUGGCACGGACGGGGGAGGUCCUUAACAUCCCAGACGCCUAUGCAGACCCACGUUUUAAUAGAGAGGUAGACCUCUAUACGGGCUACACCACGCGGAACAUCCUAUGCAUGCCCAUCGUUUCCAGGGGGACCGUAAUAGGGGUCGUACAGAUGGUUAACAAGCUGAGUGGAAGUGCCUUCACCAAAACAGACGAGAACAACUUCAAGAUGUUCGCCGUCUUCUGUGCUCUAGCCUUGCACUGUGCCAACAUGUACCACCGGAUCAGGCACUCUGAGUGUAUCUACAGGGUAACCAUGGAGAAGUUGUCCUACCACAGUGUCUGUACUUCAGAGGAGUGGAAGACCCUCACACAGCUGGACCUUCCUACACCCCUAUACAAAGAGAUAGAACUGUUUCAUUUUGACAUUAGUCAGUUUGAGGAGCUGUGGCCGGCUGUCUUUGUUUACAUGGUCCACAACUCAUGUGGAGAGACCAGUUUUGAGCUAGAGAAGUUGUGCAGGUUCACUAUGUCUGUGAGGAAGAAUUAUCGGCGUGUUCCCUACCACAACUGGAAACAUGCGGUGAACGUGGCUCACUGUAUGUACGCCAUACUGCAGAAGACCACCGGCAUCUUCACUGAGAUAGAGAAGAAGGGUCUGCUGAUAGCCUGUCUAUGUCAUGAUCUGGACCAUCGAGGAUACAGUAACACCUACCUGCAGAAGUUUGACCAUCCUCUAGCUGCCCUGUACAGCACGUCUACAAUGGAGCAGCACCACUUCUCCCAGACUGUAUCCAUCCUGCAGCUGGAAGGGCACAAUGUUUUCUCCAACCUGACUUCCAGUGAGUACGAGCAGGUGUUAGAGAUCAUCCGCAAGGCCAUCAUCGCUACAGACCUGGCGCUCUACUUCGGCAACCGCAAACAGCUAGCUGAGCUACUGACCACGGAGGCACUGGACCUAGACAACCACCAACACAGGGACCGUGUGAUUGGUCUGAUGAUGACAGCAUGUGACCUGUGUUCCGUUACCAAGCUGUGGCCAAUCACACGACUCACGGCUAAUGACAUCUACGCUGAGUUCUGGGCCGAGGGGGAUGAGAUGAAGAAGAUAGGUAUACAGCCCAUCCCUAUGAUGGACAGAGAUAAGAAGGAAGAGGUUCCUCAGGGGCAGGUGGGGUUCUACAAUGCUGUUGCACUCCCAUGUUAUACCACUUUAUCUGAGCUCUUCCCCCCUUCCAGCCCUCUUCUACAAGCCUGCAAGGAGAACCUUGGUCAGUGGGAGAAGAUAGUAAAUGGAGAGGAGGUGGACAGUGGAGUGAGAGGAGUGUGGGCUCCGUCAGAGCCUGUUGACCCCAGGGCAGAGCCUGUUGACCCCAGGGCAGAGCCUGUUGACCCCAGGGCAGAGCCUGUUGACCCCAGGGCAGAGCCUGUUGAUCGCAGGGUAGAGCCUGUUGACCCCAGGGCAGAGCCUGUUGACCCCAGGGCAGAGCCUGUUGAUCCCAGGGCAGAGCCUGUUGACCCCAGGGCAGAGCCUGUUGACCCCAGGGCAGAGCCUGUUGAUCGCAGGGUAGAGCCCAGCACUGAGGAACCAUCGAACCACGACUCAGGCCCUGUGAAGGUGGACAACUGACUGGCAGUGAAGCCGCGGCUCGCCCUCACUACUUCACAAGUCAAUACGCCCUCAACACAUCCCCUGCCAUUAACAGGGACUACUUCCUGUCUGAACUGUUAGAGAGCCUCACUUCAUGCUGAAACAGGAAGGAGCGGGACACAUGCGUAGGGACUAGGGAAGGUGAUUGGUGGAUUUGACAAACAAGGGGAUUCUUUUCAGGACCACACAGUUACCUCAUUGGGUGAGGGAGGUGAGGAGUAAACCCUGCCAGUGUUCAUUGCUCCGUAGACACGCGGAUGGACGGCUGGAGGACAGCGGGCUCUUGUUCAUUAGGCACGAAACGGAAGCUAACGGGCCGAAACAGGGAGGAACUACCUGGACUUGUCCUUGAGGUGGGGACUCACUUGAUCAACUCCACUGCUCGGGAACCAAUUCAUACCGACCCAAAUGGAUACAUAUGUCUGUGGUGUUGGGUUUGUUUUGGUCUGUUUUAGUUGGUUUUGUUUUUAAUAGAUUUAAAUUGUGGCUGGUUUGUUUUAUGUUCCGGUCUUGUGAUUUGCAGAGGCCUUUAGUCUUUACACUCUAAUCUUUUAAAAAGGGUCAGGAGGUGUGAAAUCUUGACUGUUUUUUUUGUUUGUUUUUUUUGUCGUUUCAGACUUUAUGAAUGUGUCUGAAAUGGCACCCUAAUCCACUACAUAGUGCACUACUUUUGACCGGAGCAAUAUGGGCCCUGUUCAAAAGUAGUGCACUGUAUUGGUACUGUUUGUUUGCCUGCAGCGGUAGACUGACUAACUUAUCGCAAGCAGAACUACAUGGGAGGAGGUGGUUGGCUCUCAAAGAGAGACAGAAAGAAUGUUUAUUAGCAUGUUGCAACAAAUGUUCUAGAAUGUUUUCUGGCACUUUGAGCAACAAAGUGUUUUUGCAGUACUUGAAUGAAGACAUAUCGAGAAAAAACAAACAUACAGCCCUAGUCUAUUCUAUUCAGAAACAGCGUCUUGUGUAAAGCACAGACAGACAAAGUUAGUGUGACCAACAGGGCUGAGUUAGAUCAUGUCAACAUUUAGCAAGUCGUGUCACAUGAGGGUCACAAUGUUCUAUGCAGAAAUAGCACCCAACACCCAGGCAGACCUGAGUUCAAACAUUUUUUGAAAUAAUUUCAAAUACUUCAUCUGGGCUUGAUUGAGCUUGCCUGGCACAAUAAACCAAUUAGAAGAGUUGCAAGUGUAAAAAAAAAAGUGCAACUGCCCAUCUGGUAAUAUAUGCAGGCUAAAGCAAUUGCUAAAGUAUUUGAAAGAUUUCCAAUAGUAUUUAAACCUACCAGGUCUGCAUCUCGCCACCCCGAUACUUGCCACAAUCAGUCUUUUAGGUUCUAGAACCCAGAAUCUUGGGCAAUCAGUCUUUUAGGUUCUAGAACCCAGAGCUUUAGGCAAUCAGUCUUUUAGGUUCUAGAACCCAGAAUCUUGGGCAAUCAAUAUUUUAGGUUCUAGAACCCAGAACCUUGGGCAAUCAGUCUUUUAGGUUCUAGAACCCAGAAUCUUGGGCAAUCAAUCUUUUAGGUUCUAGAACCCAGAACCUUGGGCAAUCAGUCUGUUUUUGAGCUCUAGUUGUAGACUGGUCUCAGAUCUGUUUGUGCUGUCUUACCAACUAGAACAGCUCCUGAGUCAAGUCCAAUGGUACAUUGAUUCUCUGUACUGCGUUCAUAGCACACCAAGGCACAGGACAAACACGCACAUUGCUACAACGUUGAUUUAAAAGGAAUAGAUAUUGAUUGAUAGCCAGAACAUUAUGUCAAGACAGCAGGCAUAAGGAAUACUCUAUAGGGUUGCACAUUUUCCUUAACUUUCCCAAAAUUCCCCCGUUUUCCAGAAAUCUUGGUUGAAAGACUCUUGGAAUAACAAGGGGAUAAGGAGGAAAUCAAGGAAUCCGUCAACCAGGAUUUCUGGAAAACCGGGGAAUUUGGGAAAGUUACCACGAUUAAUACAGUAUCAUUUAUCAUUUGAAAACAUUGAUUUUGUGAAUAAUACUAUAUACCUCAAUUAAUCUAAUAUCGACAGUAAAUUUUCUUUGAUAUUUUUCUUACCAUUUCCAGUUGUAUUCAUAAAACGUUUGAGGUAUAUGUAUGAUAAUUGGCCCGUAGCAUUGGCACUUGCUUGUUCUAUCCAAACGGUCUCCUUGCUCCCUGUGCGUCUCUGCCACAUGUGCUGGAGCCCCUGAAAUGCUGGAGCAUGUCCAUGUCACAUAAACAACAAAAGCCGG